GUUCAACCCCCGAGUGGUUCGACUGCACUGCAGUCGUUAGCGCCCCACCACACAACCACUGUGGAAGCAAAGAGGUACGUGGGCACUGGAUGAGCGACUUUCAGGCGCACGUCGCGCGACUGGCGCGAGCGGCAGAAACGGCGUCCCGCGAAAAGGAGCAGAAACCGCCAGCGGUAGCCGUUGCGCUGAGUGAAAGUGCACAGUCGCUGCCGCCGCACAUCAUUGCGGCGACGGACCCCAUUAAGCUCAACAAGCAGGCGCCCAUCUUUCGCUGCCCUGCGUGGGCGGGUCUCCCUUCGCGGCCCUUUCACUUGCACUGCGAGCGCGGCGGCGUUGUGUUCCCCGCGCUCGCCCUGCACCGCUUCCCCUACUACCUUUUCGGCAAAAACGAUGUGUGCGACUACGUGCUAGAGCACCCCUCCAUCAGCUCCGUGCACGCUGCCCUCAUCUUUAACAAGGAGCAUGAGUGCUUCGUACUGCUCGAUCUGGGCUCCACCAAUGGAACGCGGCUGCACGGUAAGCGGGUGGAAGCGCGGAGGCCCGUGCCGAUCACGGUGGGCAGCAUCGUCCAGUUUGGCUACAGUACGCGCACCUACGAGUUGAGGGCAGGCACCGCGACAGCAGGGAAGCGCACCCGUGACGAGGAGGGAAAAGAGGCAGAAACGACCAAGGCACAGACGACACGGUACGAGAGAGCGGAGGGUGCGGCGCAGAAGCCUGCAGUGCCGUCCGGUCCUCUCGCGUCUUCUUCCUCUUCGGUCGUUACCGGGCCGCGGACGCCUGCAGCCGUCUCUGAACGCGUUUCCUCGUCGACGAUCCGCGUGGCAUGCGCAACUCCUUCAACGAAAGCAGACACGACGGCACGGACUGUGGAAACGGCCACGCCGCCUCCAUCCACAGUUGUGUCGUCUGCACAGGAAGCACAGACACACGAGGCAGAGGAAGACAAAGGUAGACCCACGUCCAUUCCGGCGGCGGAAGAAGCGGCGGCAUCAGAGCCGGCUGCCAUUCACCUGUACCAACUCGUCAUCAAACACAAAGACGUCGACAACCCCAUCUCGCGCGGGCACAACAAGGGCGAGGUCAUCACCCGAUCCAAGGCAGAUGCGCUGGAGAUGGCGCGCUUCAUUGUAAAGGAGCACCAAACACAGGUGCCAGUGAACUCUGCGCUGGGCUUUUCUCCGUGGACAGUGGAAGAAUUCGUGACAGCCGUGAAGGAGUUCUGCGAGGUGUCGCACAAGAAGAAGGCGGGUGACCUUGGCAUGGUGGAAAAGGGCACCUUUUCGGAUGCCAUCGACGAUGCUGCUUUUCGCCUGCGCCGUGGUGAGGUGAGUGUGCCGGUGGAGACACAGCUUGGGGUCCAUCUUUUGUUUCGCUGCGACUAA